AUGGGCUCGUCAGAGCACAAAGCGGUGCAAGGGGCUGCAGCUGUAGGCGGGGGUGUUGUGGGCGCGGUGGGGGGCCUCUUGGGGGGUGUGACUGUCGGUGUCGUAGCUUUAGGUGGUGGCGUGGUCAAUGGAGUAGGCGAUUUUGGUCAUGGUGUGAAGAAUACAUUCAAGAAAGGGAAGAAGGAAGAGCCCAUCGAGACGGUUGACGAAGCAGCUGUUGCAAAUGUGAGUGGUCGUGGUUUGUAA